AUGAGAGAUUGCGAAGCGGCGAGUCAUCCCGUUCUCUUUCAUUGUGAUUUGUUGAAGUCCUUGAUGGAGCAGCGAAAGCUUGUGGUUUUGGGGAUUCCGUGGGAUGUCGAUACCGAAGGAUUAAGGGAAUAUAUGAGCAAAUUUGGGGAGCUAGAAGAUUGCAUUGUCAUGAAGGAGCGGUCAACUGGAAGGUCUCGAGGUUUUGGAUAUGUUACAUUUGCUUCAGUGGAUGAUGCUAAGGAAGUAUUAUCAAGUGAACAUAUUCUUGGUAAUAGGACGCUGGAAGUCAAAGUAGCCACACCGAAGGAGGAAAUGAGGGCACCGGUAAAAAAAGUUACUAGAAUAUUUGUAGCCAGGAUCCCACAAUCAGUAACAGAAGCUACUUUCCGAAGUCAUUUUGAGACAUAUGGAGAUAUAACAGAUCUGUACAUGCCAAAGGAUCAAGGCUCCAAAACACAUCGUGGAAUUGGUUUCAUCACUUUUGCAAGUGCAGAUUCUGUGGAAAAUUUGAUGUCAGAAACCCAUGAAUUAGGAGGUUCUGCGGUGGUGGUUGAUCGAGCUACUCCAAAGGAUGAAGACUUUAAGCCAACUGGCAGCAGAAUGCCGCCACAAGGAGGAUAUGGUGCAUACAAUGCUUACAUUUCUGCAGCCACUAGAUAUGCAGCACUUGGUACUCCUACUUUGUAUGACCAUCCUGGCCCAAUUUAUGGACGGGGAGAGCCUGCUCGGAGAACUAGUAAAAAAAUUUUUGUUGGCCGUCUUCCCCCAGAAGCAACUUCUGAGGAUCUUCGUCAAUAUUUUGGACGAUUUGGCCGUAUAUUAGAUGUUUACGUUCCUAGGGAUCCUAAGAGAACAGGUCAUAGAGGUUUUGGAUUUGUUACUUUUGCUGAAGAUGGUGUAGCAGAUCGUGUCUCUCGAAGGUCUCAUGAAAUUUGUGGACAUCAGGUAGCAAUAGAUUCGGCUACACCUGUUGAUGAUGCAGGGCCCAGUGGGAAUUUCAUGAUGAAUAGUAUGGAAUCUUUUGGGGGAUACGGCGGUCCUGUGCGAUCUUAUGGGAGGAUGUAUGGUAGCUUGGACUUUGACGAUUGGGGUUAUGGUAUUGGGAGACCAUCAAGAGCAGAUUGGAGGUAUAGACCAUACUAG